ACGACUGUGUAGACUGUACCUUGUUAUCUCGGUAGUUCUGCUAGUGGCACCGCCAUCGGUGCUGUCCGAUAAACCGCUGCCGGACGAGCAGGCGUUGCUGAUGAAACUCUUCAACGAGCAACAGUACGACAACAGCGUCAGGCCCGUGUACAAUUCAUCAAAGAAUGUCGAAGUACUCUUUGGAUUCACUCUCAUUCAAAUCAUGGACAUGGAUGAGAAAAAUCAGCUUGUUGUUCUAAACGCUUGGUUGGAGAUGAUUUGGAAGGACGAGCGAAUCAACUGGCGUAAAGAGGACUAUAAUGGCUUGGAGAUGAUCCGACUUCCGGCAAGGCUGCUCUGGCUACCAGACAUCGUCCUCUAUAAUAACGCUGACGAUUACACAUCAGGCUUCAUGCCAAUCAACGCGAUGGUCCUCCACGACGGCACAAUCUCCUGGUCACCACCGGUCAGGUUGAAGAGCUCCUGUAAAGUGGACAUCACAUACUUCCCCUUUGACCAUCAGGUGUGCGCAUUAAAGUUCGGCAGCUGGUCGUACGAUAAGGCCCAGGUCGAUAUGAUCAACAAAACGGGGGUCGUGGAGCUGUCUGGGUACGUUACGAACGGCGAAUGGAUGCUGACGCGCAACCGAAUAGUGCGUAACGAGGUUGUCUACCCUAUCAGUCCGGCUGUUUACCCGGAUGUAACAGUUAUCAUCACCAUCCAGAGGCGUAUACUGUACUACGUGUUGAACAUAUUGUUUCCCUGCUUUUGGCUCAACAUUCUCAGCGUUCUCACCUUCUGUUUGCCACCUGACGCCGGCGAGAAAAUCACGCUCAGUAUCACGGUCUUGCUCUCGUAUUCAGUGUUCAUGUUACUCGUGGCGGAAUCCAUGCCACCUACAUCGGAGUUUGUUCCCUUAAUAGGAAUAUACCUAACAGUUUCCAUGGCUGUGGCGAGCAUCUCAGUCAUUUUAACAGUUGUUGUACUGAAACUGCACCAUUGUUCGCCGCACCAGAAAAAGAUACCAGACUGGUUACGAAAAUACAUUCUUGGCUAUCUGGCUAGAUUUGUGCGCUGUAGUUGCGUGACUCUUCCUUGUAAAAUCUCUAAAACCAGAGUGAGAUCAGAAAGAAAAGUCAUUGAGGAUUCAGAUGUGCAUGAAAUACAUGCGAGACUUCUGAAGGAGAUGGAAACAUUGUCUAGAACAGGCCCAAGAACGGGUCUGGAAAGGGAUCAGAGAAGACGAAAUUGUAAGGACGUCUUAAGCAGUAAAAUCAACUUGGACGUUCGAGAGCAUGGCUACUCAAAUCGUAGCUCUGUUAUGGAGGACGAUUUCAAUGGAAACUUUAGUCAUGACGGCGCUGUGACUACAAUGGAAGAUAUUCUUAAAUAUCUGAAGGUUCUUGUUGUCAAGAGCGACGCAGAGGACAUUGAAGCGGACGUUGUGGAUGAAUGGAAACAGGUGGCACUGGUGAUUGACAGACUGUUCUUCUGGAUGUUCAUGCUCAUCACGGUCGUCUCGUCUGUCAUUAUUCUGGUUAUUGUGCCUUCCUUUAAGUAUAUUGAUGACGAAGUUUACUAGAUGUUAUUACGCCAUCUCAUAAUGCGCAAAUGAUAUUGCAGAAAACAUGAUGUUCUUCACACACAAUAAACUGUAUAAAGUGACUGUUUUCUCUGUACUUGAUAGAUAAUUGUUUAUUCAAAAGUCCUAAGACGAAUUAUUAUGCAUAUAUACCGAAAAUCAUUUCCAACAAAUGUAUGAUUAAAAGAUAAUAUGCUUGUUGUUCGGUGUUUGUAUGCAUUAUCUGUUCAUUUUGGUUUAAAUUUCUUGUUAUGCUCUGGGCAAAUAUCCUUCAUUGAUAAAAAUAUAAUGAAAUAAUGCUUCAUUUGACGGUUCAUAAGUAAACUGACAUCUGUUGACUAAAACAGCAAGAAAAUCUCAGUCGAAUGAGAAGAAUCUUGUUGAGUUGUCUUUUCCCACUUAACACAGCAUGACAUUAAUGUUUUAUACUUCGCAGCAGGAUUGUCUUCUCCAGAUUAUAUUGAAUUUACGCAUAAAGGGUAACACCAAAAACAACGUGAAUCAAUCAAUUAAAAAUAUUUAUUACAAUAAUUUAAUAAAUAUCA